AUGGCAUCCACCAGUGACUUCAAAACUGAGGCGUCGGGACUUGUUCACACUCUCCAAGACCAUGUGCAUGAUAUCCGUACUCUGGUACAGUGUGGUGUCUGCAUCCUAGCCCUUUACGAACCUUUUACCCUCGCCUGCGGCCACACCUUUUGCUACUCAUGCUUGAAAAGUUGGUUCCAAACGAAACGAACAUGUCCAGAUUGUCGCGCGCGUGUCAAAACACAACCGGCGCCAGCCUACCUGGUCCGGGCCAUGGUGCAGAUGCUCACAGGUCGUGCAGAGCUGUUGGAAAAAGGAGAAACAACCAAGGAUCACACCAAACAUCAAAAGAUAGCAGCAGAGGAGCUGGAGGAGGACAAAGCGAAUAACCAUCCAACUAAAGGUGGUCUGUUUGGUGGACUUUUCAAGCCCAAGCCUCCUCGUCUGGAACCUUUGUAUGACUUUGACGACAAUGUACCGCGAUGUCCUCAUUGUGGAUGGGAACUCGAAGACGGAAACUGUCCAUCAUGCGGCUAUCAACAACCACCGAAUGCCGGAGAUUCUGAUGGAAGUGAGUCAGAUGACUACAGCGAAGACGAUCUAGACUCAUUCGAUGGCUUGGACGAAGCGGGACCAACGGAGGGUGAUCUCAUUGACAACAUUGCCGAAGAGGACGACUAUCCAAGAUGGACUCCGGAUCAGGACCUUAUUUGGGCGGAAUUUGCGCGUAACAAUCCCACCAUGCGAGCCUUGCAACAGCAAGCGUUUCGGCAGCACCGCAUGAACCACCAUGUUCCUGGUCGGCCCUAUUUCCCUCAGCAUCACAUGGUCCCACAAGGCAACAGCGACCUCGGGCUAUUGUAUCGCGCUGCACCUGCUCAUACCAAUGGGGAUGCAUACGACGAGGAAGAUGAAGAAGAGGACGAUGACGAAGAUGAAGAAGACGAGUAUGAUGAGGCAGACUCCUUCAUUGAUGAUGAAAAUAACGAUGUGCCCACAAGCUCUUUCAUCGAUAAUGGGCUUCACGACACGAGUGGCGAGGUGUAUGACGAGCACUCAGAUUCACAGCCUUCCACUGGUACUGUUGUGGAUGAUAUCCAUGGCGGUGACACUUCAAGCACAGAUGGGCUGCGUCAAUGGAGAGAUACCACUCCUUACAUCGAUAUCGAUGAAGAGUCAGCUGAGUCUUCUGAAGAUGAAGAUGAAGCAGUCCGGCCGCCUCCUCGACGUCCACAAACUGCGUCACGGUCUCAUUUCUUCCAACCCCCUAGCCAGGCUUCAUGGCUCACAGCAAGAUCAAGGGCCCAGGCAAUUCCUGACUCGGAUGAUGAGGUUGAGGAAAUAUCGGGAGAGUCGGAAUCCGAGAUCUCGCCGCCCGCUCGUCGGCCCGCUGGACGCGCCAUUGCUUCGGGAAACACGGCCGGAAAUGCGAUAACUCUUGACGAUUCAGACGAGGGGCCUGUCGGCCCGGUGAGAAGAAACACGCACAGACGGCAUAUGAGAUUCUCCCCAUAUUGA